AUGAGAUUUUCCAAUGUCGUGACCGUGGCCCUCAUGGCCACUUCGGCCGCCUCCUUCCCUAUUAACGCAGCUGGCAAUGCUCCUGCGCAUCUUGAGGGACUCAUGGGCCGCAAUGCGGAACCCCAGAAGCUUAAGGUCGAUAAGCGCGAGCCUCAGAAGCUGAAGGUCGACAAGCGUGAGCCACAGAAGCUCAAGGUUGACAAGCGCGAGCCCGAACCCCAGAAGCUCAAGGUUGAUAAGAGGGAGCCCGAACCCCAGAAGCUCAAGGUCGAUAAGCGGGAGCCUCAGAAGCUCAAAGUCGACAAGCGCGAGCCCGAACCCCAGAAGCUCAAGGUUGACAAACGCGAACCAGAGACCCCAAAGCUUACCCUCGACAAACGCGAGCCCCAGAAGCUUAAGGUUGACAAGCGUGAGCCCCAGAAGCUCAAGGUUGACUAA